UUUGGCUUUCUGCUCCUGUAUCAGCCCAGGCCUUGACAGUGCACUUGUCCUUGAACAAACCCUGCCCCUGCCCUUGUGUGGGCUCAUGUGUGGGGAGCACCAGCCAUUACUUGUGCCCCCCAGGGACCAGUACUGGUCCCAGUUCUAGUCAGUAUAUUUAUUGAUGAUCUGCAUGAGGGAAUCAAAUGCACCCUUAAUAAACUUGUGGAUGACAGUAAAUUGGGCAGGAGUGUUGAAAGGAUCUGCAGAGGGACCUGGACAGGCUGGAUCAAUGGGCCAAAACUAACCGUAUGAGGCUCAACCAGAUGCCAGGUCACUUGGGUCGCAACUCCCUGCAGUGCUGCAGGCUGGGGGAAGAGUGGCUGAAAAGCUGCCCCUGGGGAUGGACCUGGGGUGCUGGCUGACAGUGGCUGGGUAUGAGCCAGCGUGAGCCCAGGUGGCCAGGAAGGCCAGUGUCAUCCUGGCCUGUGUCAGCAAUAGUGUGGCCAGCAGGAGCAGGGCAGGGAUUGUCCCCUGCGCUGGGCACGGGCGAGGGUGCACAUCAAGCGCUGCGUCCAGUUCUGGGCCCUCAGUUCAGGAAGGACAUUGAGGGGCUGGAGCGUGUCCAGAGGAGGGCAAUGGAGCUGGGGAAGGGUCUGGAGCACAAAUCCUGUGAGAAGCGGCUGAGGGAGCCGGGGGUGAGAGGAGUUAAAUGAAAACAGGGGUGUUUACCUGGAGCAAAGGAGGCCUCACCGCUCUGGACAGCUCCCUGAAAGGAGGCUGCAGCCACACAGGGUCAGCCUCUUCUGCCGGGUGACAAGUGACUGGAGAAGACAGUCUUAAACUGCGCCAGAGGAGGUUUAGGUUGGCCAUAAGGAGGAAUUUCUUCGCAGAAACAGUGAUUAGACACGGGAAGGGGGUGCCCAGGGAGGGGCUGGAGCAGCGGUCCCUGGAGGUGUUUAAGGAAAGCCUGCACUCAGAGCCGUGUUCCAGCUGACACGGUGGCGCUCGGUCGGAGGCUGGAGUGGAUGGUCUGUCUCAGCGCUCCUUUCCUGCGGCACUGCGCGCUCCCAUUGAGCGGGAGCUGCCGCAGCCCGUCCCGCAGGCCGGGGGCGGGCCGGCCGGUGUCCAUGGAAACCGGCCGCACGCGGAGCGCCGCCCUCCUUCCCUCCUUCCCCGCUUCCCCGCUUCCCUCCUUCCCUCCUUCCCCGCUUCCCUGCUUCCCGCCGCCGCGAUCGCCACCAUGAUGCUGCUGGGCCGCGGGCUGGACGCCAGGGACAAACAGACUAGACAAAUGCAAGAUGCUGUUUCAAAUGUGGAAAAACAUUUUGGUGAAUUGUGCCAAAUAUUUGCUGGAUAUGUACGUAAAACUGCCAGACUACGAGACAAAGCAGAUCUUCUAGUAAAUGAAAUAUAUGCAUAUGCAGCUACAGAGACACCAAACUUAAAAGUUGGACUGAAAAACUUUGCAGAUGAAUUUUCCAGACUUCAGAAUUAUCGCCAAGCAGAGGUUGACAGGCUGGAAGCCAAGGUUGUUGAACCUCUGAAAUGUUAUGGGACCAUAGUGAAACUUAAAAGGGAUGAUCUUAAAGCAACUUUAACAGCAAAGAACCGAGAAGCCAAGCAACUAUCUCAACUGGAAAAGACACGCCAGCGGAAUCCAUCAGAUCUACACAUUAUUGCUGAAACUGAACUGCAGAGAGCAACACUGGAUGCUACUCGAACAACUCGGCACUUAGAGGAAACCAUUGAUAAUUUUGAGAAACAGAAGAUAAGGGACAUAAAAAAUAUAUUUUCUGAAUUUAUAACUAUUGAAAUGUUGUUCCAUGGGAAAGCUUUAGAGAUAUAUACUGCUGCCUACCAAAAUAUCCAAAACAUAGAUGAAAAUGAAGAUUUGGAGGUUUUUCGGAGCUCACUUUAUCCACCAGACUAUCAGUCUCGCUUAGACAUAGUUCGUGCAAAUUCCAAGUCCCCCUUGCAAAGAACUGGCUCCUCAAAAUCUUCACUGAGAACAGCACAGAUUUCCCGCAGAGUGCCAAGAAGAGACGAAGAAGAGGACGAGGAGGAAGAUGAUGAUGAUGAUGAAGAGGAGGAUGAGGAGGAUGAAUUUGAUGCGACUAAGGAAGCUUUCAUCAGGUACAGAUGACUUUUGAUUCCUUUAUGCAUACAGAAAGAACAGUCACAAAUAAGGACCUGGCCCAGUAUCUUAUGUUCAAUCUGAUGCUCUGCUUUUAAAUAAAAGUGCCUUCAUGAUAAAACUAGUGGAUAUUUUAUGUAGUUGAUGUUUAUUAUAUUAGUUGACAUGCUAUACCAUAAUUCAAACAUAAGAGUUUGAACCAGUAACAGUUCAGUUACUGGUUCCAUCAAGUAUACAAGAAAUUACACAUUUUGAGUGUAAUUUCUUAUCCUGUUUGAAGAUAGAGGUUACAUGUGUUCAUUUUUAAGUGUAUGGUUGUCUGUCAGAAAGCUGCUACCACACUGUUCACCUCCAGCUUUAGUAUCUGCUAAAGAACAAAUGCGUAAGAAUUUAAACUUGUGACUAAGAAAACAAUUUAAAGUUAUAACAAAAUCUUUCAGUUACAAAAAUAAACCAAGUGCAUUUAUAAUAUUGAUGCUGCUUUUGUCCACUGUUGCAAAGUAUGCAAUGCAUACCUGUUUUGACGUGAAAAAAUAGGUUUUGCCAAAAAUUAAUGUGAUGAA